UCACAAAUCAAACUCAGACGACAGUUCUGUAGGAAAAGGAGAUUGGAAGAAGAAAAAUAAGCAUUUCUGGCAGAACUUUCGAAAGAACCAGAAAGGAAUAAUGAGGCACACUUCAAAAGGAGAAGACGUUGGAUACGUUGCAAGUGAGAUAACAAUGAGUGAUGAAGAACGCAUUCAGCUCAUGAUGAUGGUUAAAGAAAAGAUGAUCACCAUUGAGGAGGCACUGGCCAGGCUCAAAGAGUACGAGGCGCAGAACCGGCAGUCAGCUACCUUGGACCCUGCUGACUGGCCAGACGGUUCCUACCCGACGUUUGAUGGCUCCUCGAACUGCAAUUCAAGAGAACAAUCGGAUGAUGAGACCGAGGAGUCGGUGAAGUUUAAGAGGUUACACAAGCUGGUAAACUCCACUCGCAGAGUCAGAAAGAAACUAAUUAGGGUGGAAGAAAUGAAAAAACCCAGCACUGAAGGUGGGGAGGAGCAGGUGUUGGAGAAUUCCCCGGUCCUGGAUGAAAGGUCUGCCCUUUACUCUGGAGUGCACAAGAAGCCAUUUUUCUUUGAUGGCUCUCCUGAGAAACCUCCCGAUGACUCAGACUCCACAUCUCCAUCUCCAUCAUCUAGCAGCCUGGACACCUGGGGAGCUGGCCGGAAGCUGGUCAAAACCUUCAGCAAAGGAGAAAGUCGGGGCCUGAUUAAGCCCGCCAAGAAGAUAGGGACGUUCUUCUCCUAUCCAGAAGAAGAAAAGGCCCAGAAAGUGUCCCGCUCCCUCACUGAGGGGGAGAUGAGGAAGGGUCUCGGGUCCCUGAGCCACGGGAGAACCUGCAGUUUUGGAGGAUUUGACUUGACAAAUCGUUCCCUGCACACUAGCAGUAAUAAUUCUGACCCGAUGGGUAAAGAAGGAGAUUUUGUGUACAAAGAAGUAAUCAAAUCACCCACUGCCUCCCGCAUCUCUCUUGGAAAAAAGGUGAAAUCAGUGAAAGAGACAAUGAGGAAGAGAAUGUCUAAAAAAUACAGCAGCUCUGUCUCUGAGCAGGACUCAGGACUUGAUGGAAUGCCAGGCUCCCCUCCACCUUCCCAGCCUGACGUGGAACACGUGGACAAACCCAAGCUCAAAGCCGGAGGUUCUGUGGAAAGUCUUCGGAGUUCUCUGAGUGGGCAGAGCUCGAUGAGUGGUCAGACGGUAAGUACCACCGAUUCCUCAACCAGCAACAGGGAAAGUGUCAAGUCGGAAGAUGGUGAUGAUGAAGAGCCGCCCUACCGGGGCCCGUUCUGUGGGCGCGCCAGGGUGCACACGGACUUCACCCCCAGCCCCUACGACACAGACUCGCUCAAGCUCAAGAAAGGAGAUAUCAUUGACAUCAUCAGCAAACCACCCAUGGGCACCUGGAUGGGCCUGUUGAACAACAAAGUGGGCACCUUCAAAUUCAUUUACGUGGAUGUGCUGAAUGAAGAGGAGGAGAAGCCCAAGCGGCCCACCAGGAGGAGGAGGAAAGGAAGACCACCCCAACCCAAGUCCGUGGAAGACCUCCUGGACCGGAUCAACCUGAAAGAGCACAUGCCCACUUUCCUCUUCAAUGGCUAUGAAGAUUUAGACACCUUCAAGCUUCUGGAGGAGGAAGACCUGGAUGAGUUGAAUAUCAGGGACCCAGAACACAGAGCUGUUCUCUUGACAGCAGUGGAGCUGUUACAGGAAUAUGAUAGUAACAGUGACCAGUCAGGAUCCCAGGAGAAGCUGCUUGUUGACAGCCAGGGCCUGAGUGGACGCUCCCCACGAGACUCAGGAUGCUACGAAAGCAGCGAGAACCUGGAAAAUGGCAAGGCUCGGAAGACUGGCCUCCUAUCUGCUAAGUCAUCAACCGCGUCCAGCUUGAAGUCUUUCAGCAGGAGCCAGCUGGGCAACUACCCCACGCUGCCUUUGAUGAAGUCUGGGGACGCGCUCAAGCAGGGAGAGGAGCGCAGGCUGGGUGGUGGCCUCGCCCCCGACACCUCCCUGUGCUGCGACCCGCCCUGCGUGACCAGUUUCAAUAAAAACCGACGAAGCCUCCCUGUUUCCAUCUGUCGGAGCUGUGAGACCCUGGAGGCCCCCCAGACUGUGGAAUCAUGGCCCCGAUCCCAUUCCCUGGAUGACCUUCAAGGAGAGCCUGGUGCUGAGCAAGAUGUGCCUACUCAGGUGACAGGACCCACCCCUCCGACUGUACCAGAAGUGCCACAGAAGACAGCGGCCUCCUCUGCCAAGGCCCAGCCCCCAGAGCAGGACUCUGCUGUUGACAGUGUGCUGCUACUGACCCAAAGCAAGAGAUUUUCUGAACCUCAGACAGCGACUACUAAGAAACUGGAUGGCUCCAUGGCAGCCUCUUGCCACAGCCUCUCCCCUCCCCAGUGUUUGCCCAGAAGCCACGAUUCCCGGCCUCCUGGAGCUAAACACGCUUUAGCAAGGACACCUCUUGAGGGUCCCAGGAAAGGACAUGAUUUUGAAGGAACAUGCCAUCCCCCGGGCACCAAAGAAGGGGUAGAUGCUGAGCAGAGGGUCCCUGAGCCAAGAACGCAGCCAAAAAAUCCAUCACAGCCUCCACCUGUUCCUGCCAAAAAGAGCAGAGAACGCCUGGCUAAUGGACUCUACCCUGUGCCUAUGGGCCCUGCUGGGACCCUGCCCAGUCCGAAUGCUCCAUGCCUACCCCUGAAAAAGGCCAGCCCCGCCAGCCCCGCCAGCCCCACCAGCCCCACCAGCCCCAGUGACUGUCCCUCAGCACAGGUUCCUAGGCCUCCCACGGGGCAGGAGCCUGGCAGCCCAGCAAGCACAAGACCACCCCCCUGGCUCUCAGAGCUCCCAGAGAACACGAGCCUUCAGGAGCAUGGCGUGAAGCUGGGCCCAGCUCUGACCAGGAAGAUCUCCUGUGCCCGGGGAGUCGAUCUAGAAAUGCUCACUGAAAACAAGCUACAUGCCGAAGGCAUCGACCUCACCGAGGAACCCUAUUCUGAUAAGCAUGGCCGCUGUGGGAUUCCUGAAGCCCUGGUACAGAGAUAUGCAGAAGACUUAGAUCAGCCCAAGAGGGACAUCGCCACCAACAUGGACCAGAUCCGGGUGAAGCUGCUUCGGAAGCAGCACCGCAUGGCAAUCCCAAGUGGUGGACUCACGGAAAUCUGUAGAAAGCCCCUGUCUCCUGGGUGCAUUUCAUCUGUGUCAGAUUGGCUCAUUUCCAUCGGUCUGCCCAUGUACACCAGCACUCUCUCUGCAGCAGGGGUCAGCACACUGAGCCAAGUGCCUUCUCUGUCCCACACUUGCCUUCAGGAGGCCGGCAUCACAGAGGAGAGACACAUAAGAAAGCUCGUGUCAGCAGCCAGACUCUUCAAACUGCCGCCAGGCCCCGAGGCCAUGUAGCCAGGCCUGUAGAGGACCUCCCUGGACAAAGAGCCACCCUUUCACUGUGCUCAUGAUGCUGAUGCAAUUCCUCUAACUCUGGACAUGCAGACCAGAUCCAGAAGAAAGGCCCAGCCUGUGGCCGAACAGUGCACAAAACCUUGGCACAGGACUAGGACUCACUCCUCCAGAAAAGCCAGCUCCCUCAAGGAAACUGGUGCAAUUCUCUUUGACCCCCAAAGAAAAGACAAGCACUUGUUUUUAUUUUCAGAACACAAAAGAACCAAGAUGCCAACUGACUACGAAUGCUGUGCCUCCAGUCUGUCUUUGUGCACUGGCAGUGAGCCCGGGGGAAGAGGGCAGGGAAGACUUGCAUUUCUGAUAGUGCCCUUGCCCUUCUGUCUGUCACCCUGCAAGAUGCCCCAGGGCCAGACAGGCUUAGCUAGGCCAAAGUCACAGACUCGGGAGUUAUUGUACACUAUUGACCAUGCUCAUUUGUUCAGAAGUUAGAACAUCGGGCUGCACCAGGAAAAAAAAAAAAAAUCCUAUUCUCCUUUAGAUAAACAAGAGAUGUUUAAUAAUUGCUUUCUUGCAAUCAGCUUUUAUUUGCCUUAAUAUAAGCUUUUAAGCAGUUAUCUAACUAGUGUCCACAACCCUGUAACCAUAGUUUCACAUCUUCAGCUUAGACUGCCAUCUAAUAUAUCUGGGAUGUUUUCAGCAAAAAUGGGCUUUUCUAAUUGUCUCAUUCUAACAUGGCUUGUUUUGUAGGGGUGUUUAUCAGGCACGCAUUUCAGUUUUUAAACUAACUACAAAUCCAGUAAAAAGCUGUGUGAAAUUCAAGAAGAUACUCUGUGUGUGUGUGUGUGUGUGUGUGUGUUGCAACUGCCUUUCAUUUUAAUCAGUUUAGUAUCACUACCAUGUUGGUCGCUGUGCUGCAGUAUUGACUUGGAAUUCUGACCGCGUCCAUUCCAAAAUUCAGUCGUCAGCUAAUGGAUCACCUUUGCAGAAAGUCAUUGUGAUGGUGGAAUAUUUCAGAAAGAUGUUUUUAAAAAGGGAAGUAGCUUAUGUUUUUAAAGUUUUUUCAGUUUUAUAAUUAAGAUACUCUUAUCCUUCUUUUCUUAGUUAGAUAUUCUUUCAGUUGCAACAAAGGUUCACUAUGGAGCCAGACAAACUACAUUAGCCAUGUAUUACGUAUUUGCUUAUUUUCAAUUGUUUUCCAUCUGAUUUCAGCACAUUCUUUCCUCUUUUAAUCUAGUGGCUGAUUUUUUAGCAAACAGCGAGUUUAGACAACUAAGCUAUUAAGGUUUCAUUGUUGACAAAAUGAUUUUCCCAUACGUUCUUAUCAUGAGCACUAUUUUAAGCAUCCAAUGUGAUCAUUUAUCAUAGAAACACUUUGAACACCAGGCUUUGAUCAAAAGUUCUGUGAUAUUUCCUCUACUAAUUAAAACAAAUGAUUUCCCUUGGGGGAGAAAAGUGACUUCAUUCAUUACAAAGCUGUCUUUAGCAUGUGCUUUAUACAUCUGAAUCUGAAUCUGAAAAGGACAUUUUCAGGUGAUGUGUUUUUUUCAUGCUUAGGUAUACAUUUUUAAAAAUAAGGUAUGUUUCUUCGAUGCCAUGUGAAGAAGUUGCAGAAAUGAAGAAUUAGAAAGGUAAAGUUGCCAAGUCUUUAUAGAACUCUUAUAAGCAGCUCAUUUUUGCCCUCUGGGGUUGUGGCACAGCCAUUGGGAAUGUAGUGAGGCCACGGGGCUCUCCUAAUGCUGUGGCACUCAAGCGUGUCUCGUGUGCUGGGGUGGAGAUGGGCACAGAAAAACCCUUCUCUUCCUGCUUUCGAAAUACCUCGCCUUGACAUUCUGACAGAUCCUGCUUAUCAUUUAAGAUGAGCAAAAAGGCCACGCAGGUCAUGUAAGAGGUAACAAAGGAGAAGAAAUCUCAUGUGAAUUUCCAAGUUUUAGUUCAUUCUCAGUAUGUUUUUCAUUUAAGUAAAAGUAGCACCAGAAAAGGUAACUUUCUGAAUUGGUGUUUUUGAGAAUGCCAAACCGUAUUUUUAUUACUCUCCUUUGGAAAUCAUUGCCUUCGCAUAGAAAAUCAAAUUCAGGGACCACAAAUAAUUUUCAGCGGGACCGUCUGUCUAAUCAAAGGGGUCUGAGUUGUUUUUAGUUUUCUGUGUUGUUUUUGACAUUAAAAAAAAAAUCUUUACUGUUUGUUUGGUCUUCUUUUGCUUUAAACUUUUAAUUUGGUCUGAGAAAAGCCUGAAUGUGUGUGUGUGACAUUUGACUGAAGUGGUUUGGGGCCGCCUGUGGACAUUUGUAGACAGGUGGAAGGCUUCAGCGAUGUCCCAUUUUGACCAGUUGCAUUUGGUACAGAAUUUUGAAUAAGGGUGAAAAUUGUUGUCUUUGGAAAGCACAAAAGAAACCUGGAAAGGCAGUUCGGCUCAGGUAGCUACAAAUAACACUGUGUGUAAUUUUUACUUCAAAGCUGUUAAUGCAGCCAGCUCCUACUGCUAUUUACAUUCCCAGAUAACCAAGAAGCAGAUAUCUUUUCAUGGUCUUGCCUUAGUCAAAGGCCCUUUUCUCUGUCCUAAUCCUGGCUGUGGGUGAAAUUGGAAAUUACUAGUCUAUUGGAAAUCAGUUCCUGACAUAGCAAGGUUUGUUUUCAUAGCUGCAGCAAAAGAGGUCAGUUAGCCAAGUCACUGCUGCAUGUUUGUACUGUAUUAUUUUCAGAAAAAAAUAUAAUAGUCUGAGUCCAAGUUAUUUUGAUUUUAAAUUGAGAGAGAAAACAAACUGUCAAGCAAGUUAUAUAACAACUAACAACAUUGCACUUUCUGUAUAUGAAAUCAAUAUUUAAAUAACUUAUUUUUCUCCAUUGCUGUUCUUAAACAUUGUAAGUAGCUGUAAUAUACCAGUACCAAUAUGUUCUUGCAAUUGCUUCAGCCCAAGAAAGCUGUGUAUUGUUUUAAAAAUUGUAAAAAUUAUUGUGAUGAUUCAUUUAGCAAAAAGAAAGGUUGACAGAAGGGUUUUCCUAUGUAUCAAAACUUGUCUAUAAUUAUGUCAUCUAUGUACCUAGAAAAAAAAAGUAAAAUAAAUUUCUUCAGUUGAAUAUGC